CCAGAUGUCCUCUUGAAACGGUUCGGUUCGGUCUAAGCGGUAACAAGCAGUGUGUGUGUUUUCGAAGUGGUUCCCAGGAGAAAGGAUUAACUUAGCAGCAGGAGGAGCAGGAUGGUUCGGCAGAAUUGGAUCCUGUUGGCAGUAGUUGGAGCGGUUCUGAUCUACGAAGCCAGUGGCCUCAACUGUAUAGUGUGCAGCAACGAAGAAGCAGGAUGCACCGAUGGAACAAAACAAGCUGAACUCUGUGCUGGAAACGAGGUUAGCUGCUUUGUAAGGCUCGUAGAUGAUAAAGUCAGUCGUGGUUGUACUGCUGAUGAAACAACCUGUUCUGAUAAUGAUGGAACGAAAUGUAAAAAAUGCAAUGAUGACAUAGCUGCAGGGUGCAACUCCUUCAAGUGGCUCCAGUGUCACAAAUGUGCCACCACGGACGCGACCUGUUCGGAUGCGAAACUUGGAACUGGAUCGUUUUGCAAUACGUUCAUAACCAAUGACAGAUGCUACGAACGAUUUGUGGAAGAUAAAGUUGAACGAGGAUGUCAGUCUGAAGUGAUACCACCUACAGACGAUGUCUGCCAGAAUAAUGAGCAUUGCAAACCGUGUGAUGUAAACAACUGUAAUAACGAUGAAGGCCGGGUGUUCCAGGUGACCAAAUGUGUUCAGUGUGAUACAAGCGUCGAUAACACUGGAACCUGUCUGGAUGGGACACUAGCUGCUUCCAACUGUGCAAGUCCGUCGGACGGGAAGUGCUUUACAAAGAUUCUUGAUGAUGGAUCCCUCCAACGUGGCUGCCAUGGCGAAUUAACUGCACAAGAGGUUACAGACUGCACCGGACCAACGUGCGCGAUCUGCACCGAAGACAAUGGUUGCAAUAAGGGAAUCUUCCCUGCCGAUAGACUGCAGUGUCAUCAGUGCAAGAAGGCUGAUAGCGCAAGUUGUUCCGAUGAGUUGACCACGGAGGUCAAUUCCAAGAUUUGCUCGAUUUACCAAGCGGAUGACAAGUGUUACUCGCGGGUGACUGCGGCUUUGAAUUUCGAACGCGGAUGCCAGUCGGAUUUGCCAGACAACGAAAAGUCCUGCAACGGUUUGGAAAACUGCUUUGAAUGCGAUGGUAAAAACUGCAACUCGUUAUCCGAGCAGACACUCACGGAAUCCACCAAAUGCCGGCGAUGCACCUCGGACGAUGCUGGAUGUCUAGACGGGACGGCUCCAGCUCAAAGCUGUGGCCAAACAGGAGAUUCGUGCUUUGUUCGCAUCAAUAAUGAUGGAAAGCUGGAACGGGACUGUCUGUCGACACUCAAGACCGAUGCCGAAAAGGUAAAGUGCAACAGCGAUACUGACAAAACGUGCAUAUCUUGUACUGAAGCAGGCUGUAACAACCAGAAGUGGCGCAAGUGCCACAAGUGUGAGGGAGAUGCGUGUAAAGACGAACAACCAGGAGAGGGCGAACAUUGUACGAAUUAUAAGGAAUCAGACAAGUGCUACGAACGGUUUCUGGACGGUACGGAUGUUGAACGAGGCUGUGAAUCGGACCUGGAUCCCGCGACGGAGAAUGUUUGCGUCGCAAAUCAGCAGUGUAAAACGUGCAGCGAUUCAGAUGGUUGCAACAAGGACGUCAGCACCGCAUUCCGGGAGACCAAAUGCGUACAGUGCAAAUCAUCUGAAGAUGCGGAUGGAAGCUGUCUCAAGGGAACGAAGGCGGAAGAAAUUUGCGCUGAUCCAGAUGGAAAGUGCUAUUCAAGGAUCAUUGCUGGUGGCAUUCUGGAACGAGGUUGCCGCAGCGCACUGACUGCCCAAGAUCAAACCGCGUGUACUGGGGAGCAAUGCAUCCUGUGCGGCGAUGCUGGGUGCAACAAGGGGGUGUUUCCGGAAAACAGACUGCUCUGCUACCAGUGUAAGAAUACGAAUGGCAAUGAUGUCAGCUGCUCGAACGAGUUGACCGGAGAUUCCAAAGCCGGUGUUUGCAAGAUCUACAAAGCGGAUGAUAAGUGCUACUCGCGGGUGACUGCUACUUUGAAUUUCGAACGCGGAUGCCAAUCGGAUCUUGGAGAUAAUGCCAAAGUUUGCGAUACACAGAGCAGUUGCUUGGAAUGUGAUGGUAAAAACUGCAACUCAUUGUCCGAGCAGACACUCAAGGACUCAACCAAAUGCCAGCGAUGCACCUCGGACGAUGCUGAAUGUCUAGCCGGAACGGCUCCAGUUCAAAGCUGUGGCCAAACAGGAGAUUCUUGCUUUGUUCGCAUCAAUAAUGACGGAAAGCUCGAACGUGACUGUCUGUCGACACUCAAGACCGAUGAAGAAAAGGUAAAGUGCAACAGCGAUACUGACAAAACAUGCAUAUCUUGUACUGAAGAAGGCUGUAACAACCAGAAGUGGCUCAAGUGCCACAAGUGUGAUGGAGAUGCGUGUAAAGCAGCACAACCAGGAGAGGGCAAAUAUUGUACGAAUUACAAGGAAUCAGACAAGUGCUACGAACGGUUUCUGGACGGUACGGAUGUUGACCGAGGCUGUGAAUCGGAUCUGGACCCCGCUACGGAGAAUGUUUGCGUCGCAAAUCAGCAGUGUAAAACGUGCGAUGUAGAUAGUUGCAACAAUGACGUCAGCACCGCAUUUCAGGAGACCAAAUGCGUACAGUGCAAAUCAUCUGAAGAUGCAGAUGGAAGCUGUCUCAAGGGAACAAAGGCGGAGGAAGUUUGCGCUAAUCCAGAUGGAAAGUGCUAUUCAAGGAUUAUUGCUGGUGGCAUUCUGGAACGAGGUUGCCGCAGCGCACUGACUGCCCAAGAGCAAACCGCGUGCACGGGAGAGCUUUGCAACCUGUGCGGCGAUGCUGGGUGCAACAAGGGGGUGUUUCCGGAAAACAGACUGCUCUGCUACCAGUGUCAAAGUACGGAUGAUGCCAGCUGCUCGAACGAGUUGACCGGAGAUGCCAAGGCCGGUGUUUGCAAGAUCUGGAAAGCGGAAGAUAAGUGCUACUCGCGGGUGACUGUUACAUUGAAUUUCGAACGCGGAUGCCAAUCGGAUCUGGGAGAAAACGUCAAUGCUUGCGAUGCACUGAACGAUUGCUUGGAAUGUAAUGGUAAAAACUGCAAUUCAUUGUCCGAGGAUAAGUUAAAAGCAGCAGCCAAGUGCUUGAAGUGUGAUUCUGACGAAACAGGUUGCGUAGACGCUACGUCCGAAAUUGUUUCAGCUAAUUGUGAUAAUGUGGAGGAUUCCUGCUUCGUACGCGUUAACAAUGGUAAACUGGAACGCAACUGUCUGCAGACGCUUAGUGAGGCGGACCAAGCCAAAUGCAAGGACGCCAAUGAUCAGUCUUGCGUGACCUGUUCCGCGCAGGGGUGUAAUGUGGAAAAGUGGAUCAAGUGCCAUCAGUGCAAAGAGUCUUCUAGUUCUACCUGCAACGCAGCACAGGUCGAUGACAAUGCUCAGUUUUGUGCCAAUUACAAGGUUAACAACCAGUGCUACGAGCGUUUGGAGAGCGAAAAGGUCGUUCGAGGAUGCGCCAACGAUCUCAGCGAGGCAGCUUGCGCCAAUAACCUGGAGUGCAGCACGUGUGCGGAAAGUGCAUGCAACAAGGCAGCUGCGAAUUCGCUGAAGACUAACCAGCGGUGUCUGCAGUGUAGUACCGCUUCGGACGAAGGCGGUCUUUGUCUGGCUGGAACAGCGACGUCUCAAGCUUGCAAAAAGGAAUCCGGUGGCAAAUGUUUCAACCAGGUUCAACCAGAUGGUCAACUGAAACGAGGCUGCCAAGGGGAGCUAACUGCUGCCGAAGUUACCGCGUGCACGGGUGAUUCCUGCAAAAUCUGCGACUCAGCAGAUUGCAACACAGGCCUGUUCCCAGCGAACCGCCUAAAGUGCUACCAGUGCAAGUCCUCGGCGGACGAGAGCUGCAAGAACGAACUGCAGGGCACAGACAAGUCCCUCUACUGCAAGCUCUACGUAGCGCAGGACAAGUGCUACAGCCGCGAUGCCACUGAUAAAGAAUUCGAACGUGGCUGCCAGUCGGAUUUGGGCCUCAACGUGGACGCGUGCAAGGAUCUCGACGGAAAGCACUGCAAGACCUGUGCCGAGCCGGACUGUAAUGCCAUAUCGAAAAUUAAGCUCAACGGAGCCGGGGCGAUCGCGCUGAACGUGGUGCUGGUGGUUGUGGCUGCGGCUGCAGCAGCAAUCGCUGGGCUGUGAGGGUGAGGGUUAAUACUGGGUGCAAUAAAGAUAGAACAACUUUAA